GUCAUCCAGACUAUCAGCGCCGUGGACAAGGAUGAGCCUGCCAGUGGUCAUCGCUUCUACUUUGCCCUACCUGCGUCUGUGGCCGGCAACACCAACUUCACUCUCCGAGACAACAAAGGUAGGUGUCUCCUCCUCGUCAAAUUACACCAAUUAUCUCACAACAGUCCAUUACUGAAAACAGAGAAGAAGGUGAGGAACAUUUUUUAUUACAUUUUAGUCAUUUAGCAGAGGUUCUUAUCCAGAGCAAUUAGGGUUAAGUGCCUUGCUCAAGGGCACACCGACAGAUUUUUCAAUUAGUCAGCUUGGGGAUUAGAACCAGCAACCUUUUGGUUACUAGCACAACGCUCUUAACCACUAAGCUACCUGCCGCCCCUUAUGUAAGGGAUCAGGGUUUGUAAGGUAUGUAAGAUCAGGGUCAACGAUGGCCAUAACAGUACUGUAUUUAUGGAUUGAGAAGUGUUCUUCAUAAAUGUUGGAUUUUCAAACAUUAAAAAUUAAGACAUUUUUGAUUGAAAGUAGUUGCUGAAACAACGUUGUUGAGGAUGAUUCCAAUGGCUUAUUCAUGUUUCUUUUUCCUUUAAAUCCAUUUCAUGGAUAAGAAUAUAUAUGAAUGUUAAUUGCAGGUUUAGAAGUGUGGAGGCAAAAAUGUAAUGACCCAGUUUGAAAGUAUCAUUUAAUUUCUAACGAACGGUAUCAUGGCCAUUUGCACAAAAUAAACUCAGCAAAAAAAGACACGUCCCUUUUUCAGGACCCUGUCUUUCAAAGAUAAUUCGUAAAAUUCCAAAUAACUUCACAGAUCUUCAUUGUUUCCCAUGCUUGUUCAAUGAACCAUAAACAAUUAAUGAACAUGCACCUGUGGAACGGUCGUUAAGACACUAACGGCUUUCAGACGGUAGGCAAUUAAGGUCACAGUUAUGAAAACUUAGGACACUAAAGAGGCCUUUCUACUGACUCUGAAAAACACCAAAAGAAAGAUGCCCAGGGUCCCUGCUCAUCUGCGUGAAUGUGCCUUAGGCAUGCUGCAAGGAGGCAUGAGGACUGCAGAUGUGGCCAGGGCAAUAAAUUGCAAUGUCCGAACUGCGAGACGCCUAAGACAGUGCUACAGGGAGACAGGACGGACAGCUGAUCGUCCUCGCAGUGGUAGACCACCUGUAACAAUACCUGCACAGGAUCGGUACAUCCGAACAUCACACCUGCGGGACAGGUACAGGGAGCAACAACAACUGCCCGAGUUACACCAGGAACGCACAAUCCCCCCAUCAGUGCUUAGACUGUCCGCAAUAGGCUGAGAGAGGCUGGGCUGAGGGCUUGUAGGCAGGUCCUCACCAGACAUCACCGGCAACAACAUCGCCUAUGGGCACAAACCCACCUUCGCUGGACCAGACAGGACUGGCAAAAAGUGCUCUUCACUGACAAGUCGCGGUUUUGUCUCACCAGGGGUGAUGGUCGGAUUCGCGUUCAUCGUCAAAGGAAUGAGCGUUACACCGAGACCUGUACUCUGGAGCGGGAUCGAUUUGGAGGUGGAGGGUCCGUCAUGGUCUGGGGCGGUGUGUCAUAGCAUCAUCGGACUGAGCUUGUUGUCAUUGCAGGCAAUCUCAACGCAGUGCGUUACAGGGAAGACAUCCUCCUCCCUCAUGUGGUACCCUUCCUGCAGGCUCAUCCUGACAUGACCCUCCAGAAUGACAAUGCCACCAGCCAUACUGCUCGUUCUGUGCGGGACUUCCUGCAAGACAGGAAUGUCAGUGUUCUGCCAUGGCCAGCAAAGAGCCCGGAUCUCAAUCUCAUUGAGCACGUCUGGGACCUGUUGGAUCUAAGGGCUAAGGCCAUUCCCCCCAGAAAUGUCAGGGAACUUGCAGGUGCCUUGGUGGAAGAGUGGGGUAAUAUCUCACAGCAAGAACUGGCAAAUCUGGUGCAGUCCAUUUGGAGAAGAUGCACUGCAGUACGUAAUGCAGCUGGUGGCUGUUACUUUUGAUUUUGACCAAACCCCCCCCCCCCCCCCCCCCCCUUUGUUCAGGGACACAUUAUUCAAUUUCGGUUAGUCACAUGUCUGUGGAACUUGUUCAGUUUAUGUCUCAGUUGUUGAAUCUUGUUAUGUUCAUACAAAUAUUUACACAUGUUAAGUUUGCUGAAAAUAAACGCAGUUGACAGUGAGAGGACGUUUCUUUUUUUGCUAAGUUUAUUUUCCCCUUCUGUAAAACAUUUCUGGUCUGGACUACCCUGACAUUAUGCCUCUGAGCUUUCUCUUCUAUUACUCAGUUGUUACGAUUCAUAAUUGAAAAAAUACUAUUGUGUAUAUAUCCUAUGGUAGGAAUACUAUAAUAUACUGUAGUAUUUACAGUUUACUAUAGUAUAAAUACUGGUGUAAAAGAAAGAGUAGUGUAUAUACUAUAGUAUUUACUGUAGUGUUUUCGCAGACUGUAGUACACUGUAGUAUUUACUGUAGUGUUUUUGCGGACUGUUGUAUACUGUAGUAUUUACUGUGGUGUUUUUGCUGACUGUAGUAUUUACUGUAGUGUUUUUGCGGACUGUAGUACAAAGCAUCAAAAACAAAGCAAAAACAAAGCAUAAAAACAAAACACAGUAUAAAGUAGUCGCUGCAGCUAUAGCAUAUGUGAUUUGUGAGAUACAGAAAUCUCCUAUAUUAACAGUUGCUUUAAAUUGUAGAUGAUAUCAAUCAUUCAAGGGUUGAUCCACAGUCUGUAGGGUCAUCACAGACUAUGCAGGAUUUGAUCUCUAAAUACUCUUCCACUUCCUCCUGACUGAUCAUGUUCAUGACCCUCCCUUCCAGACAACACUGCGUCUAUCGUAACGAAACGUGGAGGGUUUCGUAGACGGGAGCAGAUGCUGUACCGACUGCCCGUGUUGAUUGUCGAUAGUGGAAGCCCUGCCCUCAGUAGCACCAACACCCUAUCAGUGAACGUGUGUGACUGUGACUCGGACGGUGUGGCCCAAUCGUGUGCAGCCGUGGCAUACACACUUCCUGCCGGCCUCAGUACAGGGGCCCUGGUCGCCAUUCUGGGAUGCAUCAUUACACUGCUGGGUAAGAUCAACCAUGAUGUCAUCUAUGGGUAG